CAAAAAAAUCAGGCUCGUGUAAUAAUAUUCUUUGAGGUGUGAACAAGGUGGUGAAGAGACCACUCUCAUCAACCAUGAACCAUAAAACUCCACCGCUCUUCUCUCUCCCUCAAUCAUUUACAUUUCUCUUCCUUAAAUCUCUCUCUUCCCCCAUCUUCAUCAUUCCCCAAUCCUUCUCCACUUGUCUCUCUCAUUUCUCUACCUGUGAUCUGAGUCUUUGACAAGAUGGUUAGCUUCUGCGAGCUCUGUAAUGCCGAAGCUGAUCUCCACUGCGCCGCCGACUCUGCUUUCCUCUGCCGUUCUUGCGACGCCAAGUUCCACGCCUCGAAUUUCCUCUUCGCCCGCCAUUUCCGACGCGUCAUCUGCCCAAGCUGCAAAUCCCUCACUCGAGACUUCGUCUCUGGCCCUCUCCUCCCUUGGCCUCCACGAACAUCCUGCUGUUCUGAUUCGUCCUCUUCUUCUUCUUCUUGCUGCUCUUCCCUCUCAAGCUCCGAGCUAUCUUCGACGACGCGUGGCGUAAACAGAGCAGAGCGAGGAGGGGAACAGAGCAUAGCGAAGGCUAAUAAGAAGGCCGUUGCUGCGGUUACGGUCGCGGAUGGCGUUUUUGUGAAGUGGUGCGAUAAAUUAGGACUAAACAGGGAUUUGACAAACGCCGUCGUUUCGUAUGCGUCUCUCGCUUUGGCUGUGGAGAUGAGGCCGAGACCGAGAGCGACGAACAGAGUGGUCUUAGCGUCGGCGUUUUGGUUCGGCGUCAAGAACACGAUGACGUGGCAGAGUUUGAAGAAAGUGGAAGAUGUGACCGGGGUUGCAGCUGGGAUGAUUCGAGCGGUUGAAAGCAAAAUGGCGCGUGCGAUGACGCUGCAGCUUAGACGGUGGCGCGUGGAUUCUGAGGAAGGAUGGGCUGAAAACGACAACGUUUGAACAAAAUUACAGCACUUUGCAAAUUAGGACAUUUAUUUUAGUGGUUUAGUGAUUAGUUUGAAGUUUGUGUCAUAAUUGACUUGUUGAUUUCUCUUUUUUUCAACGUGUAAAAUGGUCUUAAAGUGAUGAACUAAAACGUUUAAAAUCAAUUUGUACUUUCUUUAAAUCCCUUACAAAGAACGAUUAUUUUUAUACUA